AUGGCUCGGAACCCUAGGGAUCAGUGGGAAAGACUGCAGCUUAUUCUGCAGAACCGCGGAAACCGUGGAGGUUUCGGUUUUGGCGGUUUCCCAUCCGGUGGGGGUCGCGGUGGUAUGGGCCUCACGGGAGCUCUGCUCGUCUUGGGUAUUGGAGGAUGGGCCAUUUCGAACUCGCUCUUCAACGUUGACGGUGGUCACCGCGCGAUUAAAUACUCCAGAAUAGGUGGUGUGAAGAAGGACAUCUACAGCGAAGGAACUCACCUCGCAAUUCCUUGGCUCGAGUCGCCCAUCAUUUACGACGUUCGUGCAAAGCCACGCAACAUCCCCUCGCUUACCGGUACCAAGGACCUGCAGAUGGUCAACAUCACCUGCCGUGUCCUGUCGAGACCCCGUGUGGAUGCUCUUCCUCAGAUCUACCGUACUCUCGGAUCCGAUUUUGACGAGCGUGUGCUCCCAUCGAUCGUCAACGAGGUUCUGAAGAGCGUUGUUGCGCAGUUCAAUGCCAGUCAGCUGAUUACGCAGCGAGAGAAUGUCGCCCGAUUGGUCCGAGACAACCUCGCCCGACGAGCAGCUCGCUUUAACAUUGCCUUGGAUGAUGUGUCUUUGACUCACCUGACCUUCUCCCCCGAAUUCACCGCCGCUGUCGAAGCCAAGCAGGUUGCCCAGCAAGAGGCCCAGCGAGCUGCUUUCCUCGUCGACAAGGCGCGUCAAGAGAAGCAGGCCUUCAUUGUUCGUGCUCAGGGUGAGGCCCGCUCAGCCGAGCUCAUCGGAGACGCGAUCAAGAAGAGCAAGAGUUACAUCGAGCUUCGGAAGAUUGAGAAUGCCAGACAGAUUGCUCAGAUUCUCCAGGAGAACGGUAGCAAGAACAAGCUCUACUUGGAUACUCAGGGUCUGGGCUUGAACGUCAAUGCAAACAGUGAUGAUGACAGAAAAUAA